UCCCAUUGAAGCCUACUCUGCGUCGCCUGUCUGACGUCGAUCAAGCCAAGCCGCUGUCACCCUCCCACUCCUUUCGUUGACACCGCAUCCUUCCGACGAGCACCGACUGGAGGGAUGGAGAACUGCUCCAAACUAGCACAGGACCAUUGAAGAGCAGCGGAAGUGAAAAAGAAAGCCACAGAGUCGAGACAUGUCUGGACCGAGCGUCACCAUCCCGGACGACCGGGCGUUCGCCAGUUUCAAGUCGGAGUGUCUGAGUGAGGAAGGUUGGAGUGUGACCUACAACAAAGGGGGAAUCGCCGUGUGGAGCCAGCCGCUGGAAGAGGGCAAACCUGUCCACAAAAUUAAGUGUCGGAUGGUCAGUAAGGACGUGUCCGCCGAGACUAUGUAUGAUGUGCUCCAUGACAUUGAAUACAGAAAAAAAUGGGACACAAAUGUCAUCGAGACCUUCGAUAUCGGAAAACUUACAGUCAAUGCAGAUGUUGGUUACUAUUCAUGGAAAUGUCCAAAUCCACUCCGUAACAGAGAUGUCGUCACGCUUCGCUCCUGGUUGCCAAUGGGGAAAGACUACAUCAUCAUGAACUACUCCGUUAAACAUGCAAAAUAUCCUCCGAAAAAGGGCAUGGUUAGAGCCGUGUCCAUACAGACUGGCUACAUGGUCCAGAGCCAGGGACCCAACCACUGUGUCCUCACAUACAUGGCACAGUUAGAUCCACGAGGUUCAUUACCCAAGUGGGUUGUCAAAAAGUUUUCCCACUUCCUUGCACCCGGCGCAAUGAAGUCAAUCAACAAAGCUUGUUUGAAGUAUUCCGAUUGGAAGCAGAGACAUAACCCUGGAUUCAAGCCUUGGCUCUACCCGGAACAGACUACACUACCCAGCAUCCCUCUUUCUGAGCUCAGCAUUCAGCAUGCCGAGAGCUUGGAAAAUAUUGAUGAAAGCUCCCUGGCUGAGACCCACGACAGAGAUGAUAGCUACUAAUUCAUGCAGAUGCUAGUUAGACCUGGGCCAUGUAUUCAUCCACACACAUACACACACCAGUGCAGGGAUACUUGCAUGCCAGAUACACGUGACACGUACAUGUAGUUUCAUUCCUACACCAACACACUCCAGACUAGUAUAUCUAUUCAUGCUCAAAACACGUUGUGUGACAGCAUUCAGAUGCAAAUGCUCAUUUUCCAAAUUUAGUUCCAUAUUUUCCUACAUCAUGCAUGCAUGCAUAUGGGCAUAUAACUGCACAUCCACUUGCAAUGGAUUGCGUGUAUUUUUUUACGACUUGGCAAUAUUGGUCAAAUGUCUGUAAAUGCAAAUGGCAUCUUAAUGUUUUCAAAUUAGAUUGGUAUGGAAACGCAUCUAUCCACUCAAAUUUACAGCGUAUUUAUAUAGUAGCCUCUGUUUCAUUGGAACUGAAACAAAAACAGUAUAUUUCAAAUAGCAAUUUGCAAAAAUAUAGUUCAUACUUAGUACAAUCUGCUUCCAAUUUUGUCGUUCUGCGAUUCGAUUUAGUCAUUUUGUAAGCACAUAAUAUGCAGGUGUACAUGAGGCAGCUGAAGCUCACGACGAAACUCAAAGAACAUUUCUAUAGUUGUGAAGACUCACUUCGAUGCAUUGUCCCAAAUCUUAAUCUAAACCUAACCAAAAUUUCCAACCGAUAAACUGUAGAAAAGUGGUGAGUAGUCUCUUGAACCGAUGUGACAGCAAUGUGCAAGUGCCUUAUACCUGCAAUCUUUCAAAUGGCCAGUAGAGGGAGAUCCCAAGUUCCAAAAGAAUGUCAACUUGAAGGUUCAAAUGAUAUUCGACAAAACACUGAGGGAGUAGCAUUGUCUCUCUUCGGUGAAUUUCCAUCAGCUGUGUUCAUGAUCAACCACACUCAAUUUGUGAAGAUAGCCCACAAUGUCCUAACAUGGUAGGAAUGGCCUCACUAUGGCGAUUGGAAAUCAAAGUCCUAACAAAGAUGGAAAAGCAUGUACUUAUGCAGCUGUAACACGUUUUCCUUCUCUUACUUUGCUCAAAAGCUGUAUGAAUGUAUCUUUACAAAUUUAAUACAGAAUCCUACAGAGGUUUUCAAACUUCA